UGCCUUGCUGGGGCUGAGGUGCUUGUGUGUGUGGGUUUGAGCUGGCACUGGGGGAGGAAGGUGCUGGAGAGAAGAGGGAGCCGGUUCACUGUGGGUACCAUCGACACGCAGCAGAUUGAGGAAAGUUCAUACACAGAAGCUGCCGGUGCUACUGCUGCCUCACACAAGGAGAAAAAUAAGCUAAAGGAGAGAUUAAGAAGUAUUUAAACCAAGGUGCCACUGGCCAUUAACAAUGACGCACAGCACACAGAUCUCCAAAGAUGAUCUGGAGGAACUGAGAGAGGCAUUUGCCAGAGUUGACCUUGACGGCAGUGGUUACAUCUCCGAUUAUGAGCUUCAUGAUCUCUUUAAGGAAGCUAACCUUCCCCUUCCCGGAUACAAAGUGCGGGAGAUCAUACAGAAGCUGAUGAAUGAAGGAGACAAAAAUAAGGAUGGCAAGAUAUGCUUUGAAGAAUUUGUUUUUCUUGUACAAGAACUCAAAAGUAGUGACAUUGCCAAAACAUUCCGAAAAGCUAUCAAUCGCAAAGAAGGGAUUUGUGCAAUAGGGGGCACAUCUGAGCUGUCCAGUGAAGGAACCCAACAUUCAUACUCUGAGGAAGAAAAAUAUGCCUUUGUAAACUGGAUAAAUAAAGCAUUGGAAACUGACCCAGACUGCAAGCAUGUUCUACCAAUGAAUCCGAACACAAAUGACUUGUUUAGGGCUUUGGGUGAUGGCAUUGUCCUUUGUAAAAUGAUCAACCUGUCUGUUCCUGACACCAUUGAUGAAAGAGUCAUUAACAAGAAAAAACUUACUCCAUUCACCAUUCAGGAGAAUUUGAAUUUGGCUUUGAAUUCCGCCUCAGCCAUAGGGUGCCAUGUUGUCAACAUUGGAGCUGAAGAUCUUAAAGCCGGGAAGCCUCAUUUGGUGCUGGGCCUUCUCUGGCAGAUUAUUAAGAUUGGUUUAUUUGCAGACAUUGAACUCAGCAGGAAUGAAGCUCUGGCCGCAUUGCUGCGAGAGGGAGAGACAUUGGAAGACCUCAUGAAAUUGUCUCCAGAAGAGCUGCUCUUGAGAUGGGCAAACUUUCAUCUGGAAAAUGCAGGCUGGAACAAGAUCAAUAACUUCAGUUCUGACAUUAAGGACUCAAGAGCCUACUUCCAUCUUCUCAAUCAGAUUGCACCCAAAGGACAGAAAGAGGGAGAAGAGAAAAUCGACAUUAAUAUGUCUGGCUUCAGUGAAAAGGAUGAUCUGAAGAGAGCAGAGUACAUGUUACAGCAGGCAGACAGGUUGGGCUGCAGACAGUUUGUCACGCCUGCUGAUGUUGUCAGUGGCAACCCUAAACUAAACUUGGCUUUUGUUGCUAACCUGUUCAACAAGUACCCAGCACUUACCAAACCAGUGAACCAGGACAUUGAUUGGACACUGCUUGAAGGAGAAACACGGGAAGAAAGAACAUUCCGGAACUGGAUGAAUUCCUUGGGAGUGAAUCCACAUGUGAACCACCUGUAUAAUGACCUACAAGAUGCCCUUGUCAUAUUGCAGUUGUAUGACAAGAUCAAAGUCCCAGUCGACUGGAGUAAAGUGAACAAGCCACCAUACCCUAAACUUGGGGCAAACAUGAAAAAGCUUGAGAACUGCAACUAUGCAGUCGACUUGGGCAAACAUCCCGCCAAGUUCUCUCUGGUGGGUAUUGGAGGACAAGAUCUUAAUGAUGGAAACCCAACUCUGACUUUGGCACUAGUCUGGCAGCUGAUGAGAAGGUACACAUUGAAUGUCUUGGAGGAUCUUGGGGAGGGACAGAAGGUUAAUGAUGAAAUCAUUGUAAAGUGGGUGAACAGAACACUUGCUGAUGCUGGGAAGAAAACCUCAAUCCAGAACUUUAAGGACAAAACUAUCUGCACAAGCUUUGCAGUAGUGGACCUGAUCGAUGCCAUCCAGCCAGGCUGCAUUAAUUAUGAACUAGUGAAAAGCGAUGACAAUCUUACUGACGAAGACAAACACGAGAAUGCCAAAUAUGCAAUAUCCAUGGCUCGCAGGAUUGGUCCUAGAAUAUAUGCACUCCCAGAGGACCUCGUGGAAGUGAAACCCAAGAUGGUUAUGACGGUCUUUGCCUGCCUGAUGGGCCGUGGAAUGAAAAAAGUAUAAUUAUGUCAUGAAGACAGCACGUGGUAUGCCAGGGUUGAACCCUUGCACAAUUUGGCAGUUUACACUUGGUUUAGGAACUGCUAAAGGUGGCAAGACUUUCAGGUUUGCUUUACCAACAUUAGAAGCUUACCAGUUCUCAGGAAGGAGCGCUAAAUGCCACAAGUGCUUUCUUUCCCUGAUCACCAUCAAGUUCACACCAAAUAUGCAUUCAUGCUUGGACUUUUUCUUUUCCAGUUUUAAACCUUUUGCUAUCCGAUCCUGCGUCCCCAUAUUGCAGUGCAGUCAGAUGUUAGGAUCGUUUGUAGUGAAAGAUUUUAUAUACAAAGUGCUGACCCCAUAGUUUCAAAGGGUGGUAGAUUUAUGCUGUAUACCUAUAGUCUUAAACACUAAAAUAUGCACAGUGUCUCUUGUUUGUCAUGUCCUUUUUUCUUUUUGGCUACAAAUCUUGUGGGGGAAAAACACAAGCAGAGGGAUUUUUAUUCUCAAAGUGUAUCUUAAUUCAUAGUUUCAUCUCUGUGGGUUAGUGCUAGGGCUUUACCUUGUCAGUGAUUUACAAGUAUAAUGUUCAAGAUGGAUAAAAGAGGGCAUGUCCUGGCAUCCAUGUUGCUCUCAAGCACAUGGCUGACUUAUGCAGACUUAUGCAGACAUUUUAGAAGUUGUCAUCAUUUAUCUUAUCAGAACAGUAUUCAUAUAAUGCAGAAAUAUAACACUUAUACCAGUUAUUUAGUAACUCUAAAGAAGGGUCGGUAUUUUGUAAAGAAAGCAACCUGUAACCCUUAAAAGACCAAGCAGAGAAGAAAUAUCUGUAAUACCUGAGAUCUUUUGUUAACUGUCAACAAAGUUCUGUGCAAACUAAUGUCAAAUCUUUCCCGAAAGGUCCCAAUUUUAUUUAAACCAGUCUGUCGUCUUUUACAUUCCUCUAAUCCGUAAUGGUCCGAGCAUUGCUACUAUUUAACAGCAAUAAGUAUUUUUGUACCCUCGUCUUCUGUUUAGUAUUCAGUAUGAAUGCAUUUUUGCCUGUAUCUUGUUUCAAAGCAUAACCAUUGAAAAUAUUUUUUCCCCUUUUUGUAUAAGGCCUGCAUGAAUAUUAUUAAUUUUUUUUGUAACAAUUUUUAUUUAAAAUUAUAUCAGUUCUAAAAAAAACAUUCCUGUUUUAUCUGGAAAUGCUGGUUUCAUACAUGCCACAGACGGAAAAAAAACUGCACAUGGCAGGAAGUUUCAUAUCUCUGCAAAACAAAAAAAAUAACGCCAAAGAUUGAUUGAUUGAUUGAAACCUCUAUAUAAACCGGUAUUACUAUUAUGGCUUUGGCAGGCUGUUUGCUAGUUUUAAAGACCUUGCUGCUAUUUUAAGCUGUUUCAAGUAUGGUGGUAUAAACAUCUAAUAAAACAUCAAUCUCCGCA